UAAUGACCAAACUCUAGACUCCAGAAUGAAAAAUGAACGCUACUAUGUUAAAUGGUAUACCGGUACUACGCUACUAUGUUAAAUGGUACACGGAGAUAGAAUAAAAACCAAGAGAAGAAAGGAUUUAAUAUGGCAGAGGGACCAGAUAAGAGGUUGGAAUUUAUCCAGGACUAUACUCUGAAGAGCUUGAGACUCAAACCGGAUAAAUGGAACAAACUCAUCAUCUCAGACGAACAGAGAACUUUCAUAACAAAUUUUGUGGAACGGGGAAUUCCUCAGGAGUUGAUUAUCUCCCAGAACAUAGGUGGCCAGCUCCAGGUUCAUACUGAUUGGCCGAGCCCUCUGAGAAAUAAAGGAGUUUUCUUCGUUAAGCGGGAGAAAGAACCACUUCCUGAGGAUGAGGAUUUGCUCAACUAUGUGGCGGUCGGAGAUAUUCAUCCCAAUGCACUUGAUCACUUCUGUGCCUGGGUUGAGGAGGUUGUUGUUCCUAUUUUCAAAAAUGAGAAGAAUAUGUCCAAGUUCCCGCAAUGUGUAUCGGACGAUAUCAAGAGACAGGUUCAUGAGUUGUCUACCAGUGUUUACCAGAUCAGAGGACAUAUCAAGGGGAAAACCCUCCUACCUUUCCCUCAGGGAGCUGCUAUGAUAGAGGAGGAGGAGAAGAAGGUUCGAGAAAGCAGCGGAGCAGAUUGUGAUAUGUUACUCAAGAAUAAUAUCGAGGGAAUUAUUAUCAAGUGGGCUUAUCAGACUGAAGAGGUUCUGAGUAAGGACAGUGCAGAGGAACUAAACGAUGGGAAGAAUCCAGGUCCUCUCACAGAGAUCAGAUUUUGGGAAGCCAAGUGUAUGAAUCUGGAAUCAUUAUUUGAACAGAUGAAAGCGAACACUACAAGGAAGAUGGCAAGUAUUCUGAACCUAACAGACAGUGCUUACUAUCCCUGCUUCAGAUCAAUGUUUCGUAACGUUGUGGCAUCCCUCAACGAAGCUCUAGACAUCACUAUGCAUCUGAAACCUCUUACUGCACACUUUGAGGUAUUGGAGAAUACUGAGUUUACUGAUGUAAGACCAUUGUUUCCUCCACUAAUGCAUGUCGUAUGCCUGGUUUACUCCAACUCUACCUACUACAGUUCAGCAGCCAGGAUUAUUGUUCUACUCCAGGAAACCUGUAAUCUCUUGAUAGAAAUGGCGCAAAAAUAUUUGGAUCCUUCAACAAUCUUCCAGAUAGAGCAAUAUAAAGCAAAGCUGCCGAGCUACUUUACCGGAGAAAAAACUCCCAAAACUUGGGAAUUCCAGGAACACUUGGUUUUCAAGAGAUUUGACAGUUUUCUUGAAAGACUCGGAAUAAUCAAAGAGUUCUUCAACACUGCUCAGCAGUUCCUAAAGCUAGAGAAGGUUGAGAUAGGAGGUAUCCGGGGUAAAGCUCUAACUACAAAUAUAAACAAGGUUCACGAGGAGUUUAAGGAUCUAUACGGAAUAUUUGCCAACCGAACCUAUGACAGCCUGGAUCCACAGGAUCGGGGAUUUCUCCGAGAUUAUGAAAAGUUUAACAGCAAAAUCUUUGGGUUAGAUAGGAAACUCGGAGCUAUUCUCAGCAGAGCAUUUGAUGAUUGUAUAGUGACCGAAUCUAUUUUUAAACUUCUUCAUAUCUUUGGAACCCUGAUACAGAGAAGUCUGAUUGCUCUUGAGCUCUCAGAUAAAAUGCCUUUGCUGGUCUGUAUGCUUAACACGGAGAUGGAUGAGGCCAAGGUGAUCUACAACAAGCAGCAGAAGAGAAUAAAGGACUCUGGAAAGGCACUGACAGAUCGAAACAUGCCUCCGGUCUCGGGUCAACUCAAGUUCUCACAAGAACUCAGGAAUAAGAUUUCCUCCAGUGUUCGAAGCUUCAAGGAGCUCAGUCAUCCUAUCUGCUAUUCUGAAGGAGCAAACCUUGUGUUUAGAAAGUAUAAGGAGAUGAUUGCUGUGCUAGAUAGUUAUGAUGAAGAGGUGUUCAAGAAUUGGACUCUCUCAGCUGAGAAAAAAACGUUAGAGGGACUAAACAGACCAUUAAUCAUCCGAGACAAAAAGGACGGAACUCUAAAAGUAAAUUUUGGCCGGGACACUUUUUCAAUACUUACUGAGGUUAAGCAUCUGAGAAAAGAUUUCCCAAAGAGAUCACUCCCAGCUAAGGCUCUGGAAAUAUUCCAAAGGUUUGAUGACUUCCGCAAUUAUAACAACAGUUUGGAGCAGAGUGUAGGCUUGUACAACUACUUGAAGCUGCAGACUGUAGAGCAGGAGUACAGGUUGAUUGAACAAGAGAUUUUGGAUAUUGACAAAGACCUGGAGGCAGCAGAGGAAACAUUGAACUGGAAUUCAGAAAAUAUUUGGGAUUAUAUUGAGGAUAUUAGGAAAAAGGUUUAUAACAUAAACUCCAGGGUUAGAAAAGGACAGGAGAAUGUUAUCAAGAUAAACAAAGAGAUUACAACUUGGGAAAAUAUUCCAAUCUUUGAGAGAAUCAAGGAUCUAAAAUCUGAACCCUUGCUUAAUCUGAAAGACAAGGAGGAAAACAAGAAGAAGAGGUAUGGAGAGAUAGAAAUGGCUCGGGAAAAAAUAAAAGAAUUAGUUAAAGAGAAUGAGCAACUUUUCCUUGCACAUGAAGAGAAGAACCUAAAAAACUGGGAGCAGUAUCAAAUCUAUUUGGAUGAAAUGAUUAUAAGUGGUUUGCUCCAAACUAUUGCAGUCAGUAUAGGAUAUCUCUUGGAUGAAACAGAUGUUAAGAAAAACAUAACUCCACUGUUUGAUGCUAAACUUGAACUAUGUGAACCUGACAUAAUCUUCCAACCUUCUCUAGACAUAAACAUGGUCAAUAACUUUUAUGACAUUUUGGUUGGUAUUGUAGAUGAUAUUUUUUACAUGUCUGCUCUUGUUCCUAGAGUAGUUAGUUCAGAAGGAUCAAACUAUCUUGAGAUAAUAUCAGAGCAUGAAGAGCUGAAACAACUGAAGAAAGAACUGAUUUCUCGAGUUAGUCUUGUUAUUGAGCAGGCUAACAACCAGAAAAAUACAUACCUGGAGUAUUCCUAUCUCUGGACGGAGAGCAGACAAGAUUAUCUUUACUUUUUCCUCAACUAUUCAAGACAGCUCACACAAGAAGAGAUAGAUCUAGUAGAUGAGGAUGAAAAGGCAAUUAAGAAGCAAUAUCCAACUUUAGAACAGUUUAAGGAACAGAUUGAUCAUUACGAAGCAAUUCAUGAUGAAGUUAAGCAGAUAGAAAACACAAAGAUUUUUGAAGCAUGGUUCAGAGCAGAUAUUUCACCCUUCAAGAUAUCUCUCAUGAACUGUGUAAAGAGAUGGAGUUACGCAUUCAAGAAGCAUCUCCUGGAACAUGUUACUGAGAGUCUUUCAGAACUUAACAAGUUUAUUGAUGAAGCUGAUGAAGGUUUGAUGACACAGGUUCAUGAGGGGGAUUAUGAAAUGCUGAUAAAGGUCAUGGAGUUUCUACAACUGGUAAAAGAAAGGCAACCAACCACUGAUACAAUGUUUGAACCCCUGAAGGAAAUUAUUGAUCUACUGAGAAGCUAUGGUGUGGUGAUCCCCGAGGAAAGUCUUGUCCAGUUACAGGAACUACCAGAGAAAUGGUCGAACACUAAACGUCUCAGUCUUUCAGCUAAACAGCAGGUAGCUCCACUACAAGGUAUGGAGAUAGGAAAGCUGAAGGGGAGAAUUGAAGAUUAUGAAAAGUCUCAGAAAGAAUUUCGUUUGAAUUAUCAACAAAUGAGAUUUUACUCAUACAAUUGCAAGUCUCCAUAUGAGCAUCUAUCUGCCGCAAACAUAAAGAUAGAGAUAUUAGAGAAUGAAGUAAAGGAAUUGCAAUCUGAAGCUGCUUUGUUUGAGGUUCAGGUUCCAGAUUUCCCUCUUACUAAACAGUGUAGGAAAGAGAACAGGAUACUUAAGCAGCUUUGGGAUUACAUUUUCCUGGUCAGAACAUCAAUUGACGAAUGGAAAACUACAGCCUGGAAAGAUAUUGACGUAGAAAACAUGGAUAUGGAAUGCAAGAAAUUUGCUAAAGAUAUUCGAGGAUUGGAUAAGGAAAUGAGAACUUGGCAUGCAUAUAUUGGGCUAGAAACAACAGUAAAAAAUAUGUUGACUUCCCUAAGAGCUGUAGGAGAACUUCAGAACAGUGCUAUUCGUGAGCGUCAUUGGCAGCAAUUGGUUCAGGCUACAAAAGUACAGUUCUCUAUGAGUGAUGACACAAAUCUGGCAGAUUUGUUAAACCUUAAUCUUCAUAAUUUUGAAGACGAGGUUCAUAACAUUGUGGACAAAGCUUGCAAGGAGAUGGCGAUGGAAAGGAUGCUAAAGGAUCUUGAUGUUACAUGGGAUACAAUGGAGUUUGAACAUGAACUUCAUGCUAGGACAGGUUACACUUUGCUCAGGGCAAGUGAAGAGCUUAUUGAAACCCUUGAAGAAAAUCAAGUUCAAUUACAAAAUAUGAUGACUUCAAAGUAUAUUGGGUACUUUUUAGAAGAAAUUUCAGCCUGGCAGAAAACUUUGUGCAUGGUGGAUCAGGUUAUAUCUACCUGGUUUGAUGUUCAGAGAACUUGGUCCCACUUGGAGUCAAUCUUUAUAGGUUCAGAGGAUAUAAGAAAGCAGCUUCCUGAGGACUCUCAAAGAUUUGAUGAUAUUGAUACUGAAUUUAAAGGUUUGAUGGUUGAAAUGGCAAAGACUAAGAAGGUGGUUCAUGCCACUAAUGUUAAAGGUCUUGCUGAGCAGCUGGAGGUAAUACAAUCACAGUUAUCUCUGUGUGAGAAGGCUUUGGCAGAAUAUUUGGAAACCAAACGCCUUGCAUUUCCCAGGUUCUAUUUUGCCUCAUCUGCAGAUCUCCUUGAUAUUCUAUCAAAUGGAAAUCAACCUCUAAAGGUAGCAAAACAUCUUACUAAACUGUUUGACUCCAUGGCUAAGCUGAAAAUGCUUGAAGUUGAUGGAGUACCAAGCAACACUGCAAUAUCUAUGACAGCUAAAGAUGGAGAAAUUGUUAAAUUUUCUUCUCCUUGUGUUUGUGAAGGGCAGGUAGAAGUUUGGCUCAAUAAAUUGAUGAAUGCAAUGAGAGCUACAAUCAGACAUGAGUUCUCACAAUCUAUGUCUACCUAUGAGGAGAGACCUCGAGACCAAUGGCUGUUUGAAUAUCCAGCUCAGGUGUCUCUAGCUGGAACUCAGAUUUGGUGGACUUCAGAAGUAAGUGCAGCAUUUGCUAGAUUAGAGGAGGGUUAUGAAAAUGCUCUGAAGGAUUAUUACAAAAAACAGAUUGCUCAACUAAACAACCUCAUCACUCUUCUCCUUGGAACUCUUUCAGUUGGAGAACGGCAGAAAGUAAUGACAAUCUGUACUAUUGAUGUCCACUCCAGGGAUGUUGUCAGCAAAAUGAUUCAGAACAAAAUUGAGUCUGCAUUUGCUUUCAGUUGGCAAUCCCAACUGCGUCAUAGAUGGGAUAAUAAUGAAAAUGAUUGUUUUGCUAAUAUCUGUGAUGCUCAGUUUAAGUACUGGCAUGAGUAUCUCGGAAAUACCCCUAGGCUUGUAAUUACUCCACUUACUGAUAGGUGCUAUAUUACUCUAACACAGUCUCUUCAUCUGAUUAUGGGAGGAGCUCCUCAAGGUCCAGCCGGGACAGGGAAAACAGAGACAACCAAAGAUCUGGGAAGAGCAAUUGGAAUGAUGGUUUAUGUGUUUAAUUGUUCUGAACAAAUGGAUUAUAAAUCAUGUGGUAAUAUCUUUAAAGGUCUUUCUCAGACUGGAGCCUGGGGCUGCUUUGAUGAAUUCAAUAGAAUUACAGUAGAAGUUUUGUCUGUUAUUGCUGUGCAGGUGAAGAGUAUUCAAGAUGCAAUCAGAGAAAAGAAAGAAAUUUUUGAUUUCAUGGGAGAAGAAAUCCCGAUGAAUCCAACUGUUGGAUACUUUAUUACAAUGAAUCCUGGAUAUGCAGGCAGAGCAGAACUACCUGAAAACUUAAAAGUUUUGUUCCGACCCUGUGCCAUGUGUGUUCCAGAUCUAAGAUUAAUCUGUGAGAUUAUGUUGGUUGCAGAGGGGUUCCUUGAGGCUAGAAGCCUGUCAAGGAAGUUUAUAACUUUGUAUAAAUUAUGCAAAGAGCUUUUAUCUAAACAAGAUCAUUAUGACUGGGGGUUGCGAGCUAUUAAAUCAGUGCUUGUUGUUGCUGGUUCUCUUAAAAGAAGUGAUAGAGAACGUCCUGAGGAGCAAGUACUAAUGAGAGCCUUGAGAGACUUCAACUUACCAAAAAUUGUUGCAGAUGACAAUCCAGUUUUUCUUGGACUUAUCUCUGACCUGUUCCCCAAUCUAGAUGUUCCCAGGAAGAGAGACUUGGAAUUUGAAAAAGCUGUUAAGCAUGCUGCUUGUGAUCUUAAAUUACAACCUGAAGAAAACUUUAUCAUGAAAAUAGUUCAAUUGGAUGAACUUCUUUUUGUAAGACAUUCUGUUUUUAUUGUUGGAGAUGCUGGGACAGGGAAAACUCAGAUGUGGAAAACUUUGUUCAGAACUUAUCAGAAUCAAAAGAGGAAACCGGUUUUUACAGACUUGAACCCUAAAGCAGUAACCAAUGAUGAGUUAUAUGGAAUUAUAAAUCCAGCCACCAGAGAGUGGAAAGAUGGUUUAUUCUCCAACAUUAUGAGAGAUUUAGCUAACUUGACCUCGGAUGGACCCAAGUGGAUGAUCUUGGAUGGAGAUAUUGACCCCAUGUGGAUUGAAUCCUUAAACACCGUGAUGGAUGACAAUAAAAUAUUAACUCUUGCUAGUAAUGAAAGAAUAGCUUUAACUCCUGAGAUGAAGUUAAUCUUUGAGAUAUCACAUCUGAGAACUGCAACUCCAGCUACUGUAUCCAGAGCAGGGAUUCUUUAUAUAAAUCCAGGAGACUUGGGAUGGAAUCCUUAUGUAACAAGUUGGGUGGAGACUAGAGAAAACACUGCAGAGAAAGCUAAUCUCACCAUACUGUUUGACAAAUAUAUUCCAGUAAUGCAAGAUAUAAUCAGUAAAAAAUUCAAAAAAAUUACCCCAAUACCAAGUAUAAGUCAUAUUCAAAUUCUGUGCAGAUUAUUGGAAUCUUUGAUAGUUCCAUCCAACCUUCCUGCAGAUUCAACCAAGGAGUUGUACGAAAUAUAUUUUGUAUUUUCAGUUGUCUGGUCCUAUGGUUCUGCUCUUUAUCAUGAUGGAGCAACUGACUACAGGGCAGAGUUUUCCAAAUGGUUCAUGAAUGAGUUUAAAUCUGUUAAAUUUCCUCCUGGAAUGUCUGUAUUUGAUGUCUGGGUUGAUCCCAUAGCUGGUGAUUUUACUUCGUGGAAUGACAGAGUUCCUAAGUUUGAAUUGGAUGCUGAUGUUCCACUUCAAGCUUGUCUGGUACACAACUCUGAAACUAUAAGAGUUAAAUAUUUUCUGGAUAUUCUGGUGAACACAAGAUUUCCUGUUAUGCUGAUUGGUCUAGCAGGUUCAGGUAAAACACUUCUAAUCAAUGAAAAACUUGGCCAACUGGAUGAAAAUUUUAUGGUAGCCAAUGUUCCAUUUAAUUUCUACUACUCUGGGGAGAUGACUCAAAAGAUUUUAGAGAAGCCUCUUGAAAAGAAGGCAGGAAAGAACUACGGACCCCCAGGUAACAAAAAGCUGAUCUACUUCCUUGAUGAUAUGAAUAUGCCUGAAGUUGAUACUUAUGGAACAGUUGGGCCUCAUACCAUUAUCAGACAGCACCUGGACUAUGGUCACUGGUAUUGCAGGAAUAAGUUAACCCAGAAGGAUAUUCAUAAUUGCCAAUAUGUUGCAUGCAUGAAUCCAACAGCUGGAAGUUUCACCAUAAAUCCCAGGCUUCAACGCCAUUUUGCCACAUUUGCUGUAGUGUUCCCUAGUGCAGAAUCAUUGUUUACAAUCUACAAUGCUAUACUCUCAGAUCAUCUGGAGAAUACUGGCAAUAAGUUCACAUUCCUAGUCCGGAAAAUGUGCACCAAUGUUGUCAAUGCAACACUUCAACUCCAUGCUAAGGUUUCUCAAGUAUUUUCACCAACAGCUAUAAAGUUUCACUACAUUUUCAAUCUUAGAGAUCUCUCCAAUGUGUUCCAAGGAAUGUUAUUUUCUACAAAUGAAUGUGUACAGACUCCAACAGAUUUAGUAAGACUCUGGUGUCAUGAAACCAUGAGAGUUUAUAGAGAUAAGCUUGCUGACGGAAAGGAUAUAGAAACGUUUGACAAAGCUCAGAAAGAUAUACUAAAGAAAACAUUUGAUGAUAUUCCAGAACAGGAAGUACUGACUAAUCCUUUAAUAUAUUGUCAUUUUGCAAGAGGCAUAGGAGAACCCAAAUAUAUGCCAAUAUCUAAUUGGGAAAACCUAAAUAAAAUAUUGACUGAUGCUUUAAAAGGGUACAAUGAACUAAAUGCUGCAAUGGAUCUGGUUUUAUUUGAAGAUGCCAUGAUGCACAUUUGCAAAAUAAACAGGAUUCUAGAAUCUCCUCGAGGAAAUGCUCUUCUGGUUGGAGUUGGUGGCAGUGGUAAACAGUCCCUUUCAAGACUGUCAGCAUACAUCUCUUCUAUGGAGGUUUUCCAGGUCACUUUAAGAAAAGGAUAUGCAAUACCAGAUCUAAAAGCAGAUUUAGCUAAUCUUUAUCAAAAGACAGGAUUAAAAAAUUUGGGGACUGUUUUCUUAAUGAGUGAUGCCCAAGUUGCAGAUGAGAAGUUUUUGGUUUUGAUCAACAACCUCCUUGCAUCAGGAGAGAUCCCUGAUCUUUUCAGUGAUGAUGACACUGAGAAUAUUGUUACUAUGGUUAGGAAUGAGGUGAAAGGAGCUGGAAUUCCAGAUACAAGAGAAAAUUGUUGGAAAUUUUUCAUAGACAGAGUUAGGAGACAACUUAAAGUUGUGCUUUGUUUCUCGCCAGUAGGUACAACUCUUAGGGUAAGAGGAAGGAAGUUUCCAGCAAUCAUCAACUGUACAUGCAUUGACUGGUUCCAUGAAUGGCCUGAUGAAGCUUUAAUGUCUGUAUCACUGAAGUUCUUGAAUGAAGAGGAAUCAAUCCCAGAGCCAAUAAGAAAAUCAAUAGGCCAAUUUAUGGCUUUUGUUCAUCAAUCUGUCAGUGAUAUGUCUAAAAUCUACAGGCAAAAUGACAAAAGAUACAAUUAUACAACACCUAAAUCUUUCCUAGAACUCAUCAAUCUGUAUAGAAGAAUACUGUCAAAUAAAAAUGCAGAAUUAAAAGGGAAAAUUGCACGUUUGGAGAAUGGUCUUGAAAAACUGAGAGUUACAGGAGAACAGGUGGAUCAGUUAAAAGCCCAGCUAGCUCUUCAGGAAGUAGAGUUAGCCAAGAAAAAUGAAGAAGCUGAUAAUCUUAUAAAAGUUGUAGGGAUUGAAACUGAAAAAGUAACACAAGAAAAGGCUUUUGCUGAUGAGGAGAAAAUCAAGGUUGAUCAAAUAAACAUUGAUGUUGCAGGUAAACAAAAAGAUUGUGCUGCUGAUUUGAAAAAAGCAGAACCUGCUUUGAUUGCUGCUCAAGAAGCAUUGAAUACUUUAAAUAAAGCAAACCUCACUGAAUUAAAGUCUUUUGGUUCGCCUCCUCCUGCUGUCCUAAUGGUUUCUGGAGCUGUCAUGGUUUUAAUUUUGGGCCAAUCUGGAAAAAUUCCCAAAGAUAGAUCCUGGGCAAAAGUAAAGCUGAUGAUGAAUAAAGUUGAUCAAUUUCUUGAUGGUCUAGUUAAUUAUGAGAAGGAAAAUAUACACCCCAACGUUCUAGUUGCAAUGGAACCAUAUCUUAGGGAUAAAGAAUUUGAACCUGAGUUUAUAAGAACCAAAUCUGCUGCAGCUGCAGGUCUAUGCUCCUGGGUUAUAAAUAUCAUAAAAUUUUAUGAAGUUUACUGUGAUGUUGAACCUAAGAGAAGAGCCCUAGAAGAUGCUAACAAACAAUUGUCAGAUGCCAAGGCAAAGUUAGAAAGUAUUAUCAGCAAAGUUGUUGAACUUGAAGAAACAUUAACAACACUAACAAACCAAUACAAGGCUGCUGUAGCUGCUAAGAUAAAAUGUCAGAAAGAUGCUGAUGCCACAUCGGCUACAAUUUCUCUAGCCAACAGGCUGGUUGGGGGAUUGGCAUCAGAAAAAAUCAGAUGGGGUGAUUCAGUAAACCAGUUGAAAGACCAGGCAAAAAUGCUUCCAGGAGAUGUACUUUUAGUGUCAGCCUUUAUUUCAUACCUAGGUUGUUUUACUAAGCAGUAUAGAAUUGAGCUGUUGGAAAAGAAAUGGUUGCCCUAUCUAAAGAAAGUUCCGAAACCAAUUCCAAUGUCUCUGGGUUAUGUUGGAGCAAAUGUACUGUCUCUACUCACAGAUGAUGCAAUUAUAGCAGGUUGGAACAAUGAAGGUCUGCCCAGUGAUGCAAUGUCUACUGAAAAUGCUACAAUUUUAACCAAUUCAAUAAAGUGGCCACUGAUGAUUGAUCCUCAACUUCAAGGCAUAAAAUGGAUCAAGAAUAAAUAUGGAAAAGAUCUCACAGUAAUUCGAUUGGGACAGAGAAAUUAUCUUGAGAUUGUUGAAGAAGCUGUGAGUACUGGAUCUGUCCUUCUUAUUGAAAAUCUUGGUGAGGAUACAGAUGCUGUUCUUGAUCCUCUGCUUGGUAGAAUGUUAAUAAAGAAAGGCAGAGCAAUAAAACUCGGUGACAAGGAAGUGGAAUAUAAUCCAAAAUUCCAGCUUUUCCUUCAAACAAAGCUUGCUAAUCCUCAUUAUAAACCUGAGCUGCAAGCACAAACAACACUUAUCAACUUCACUGUAACUAGAACAGGUUUGGAAGAUCAGCUACUUGCUGAAGUUGUGAAAGCAGACAGGCCUGAUCUUGAGGAUCAAAAAGCUGAACUUACCAGGCAGCAAAAUGAAUACAAGAUUCUUCUUAAAUCCCUGGAAGAUGAUCUGCUGAUGAGGUUGAGCUCUGCAGGAGACGAUAUUCUUAGUGAUUCCGCUCUUGUAGAAAACCUGGAGAGCACCAAGAAGACAGCAGCUGAGAUUGAAGUCAAAGUUACAGAAGCUAAGAAAACAUCUUUUGAAAUUGAUAAAGCAAGAGAAUUAUACAGACCUGCUGCUGCUAGAGCCUCUGUUUUGUAUUUCAUAUUAAAUGAUCUGAACAAAAUAAAUCCCAUGUAUCAAUUUUCUCUGAAAGCUUUUAGUGUUGUGUUUGAUGUUGCAAUACAAAGAGCUGUAAUGGAAAAUGAUGUCUCAUUACGAGUAAAAAACCUAACAAAUUCAAUAUCAUUCCAGGUGUUUCAGUAUACAACACGAGGAUUGUUUGAAUGUGAUAAGCUUAUUUUCACAGCUCAAAUGGCCUUCCAAAUUUUGCUGAUGAACCAGGAAAUAAAUCCUGUGGAAUUGGACUUCUUGCUCAGGUUUCCAACAAUGCCCAAUAUUACCAGUCCAGUUGAUUUCAUCUCCAAUAUUGGCUGGGGAGCAAUAAAAAGUUUGUCAGCUAUGGAAGAGUUUAGAAAUCUUGAUCGUGAUAUUGAGAAUAAUGCAAAAAGAUGGAGAAAGUUUGUUGAGGCAGAAUCUCCAGAAAAAGAAAAGUUUCCCCAAGAGUGGAAAAAGAAAGACGCAUUGCAAAGACUCUGUAUGAUGAGAGCUUUGAGGCCUGAUAGAAUGACCUAUGCUGUUCAGGGCUUUGUGGAAGAAAAUCUUGGACCUCGAUACAUUUCCAAUAAAUCAGUCCCAUUCCAGGAAUCCUUUGAUGAGUCUGGACCAGCCACACCAAUCUUUUUUAUUUUGUCACCGGGAGUUGAUCCUCUCAAAGAUGUUGAAAAUCUUGGAAGAAAGCUUGGUUACACCUCUGCAAACAAGAACUUUUUAAAUAUAUCCUUAGGUCAGGGUCAAGAAGUAGUAGCUGAGGAAGCAAUGGAGAAGGCAUAUGCGAAUGGUCAUUGGGUUGUUCUUCAAAAUGUUCACUUGGUAAAGCUCUGGCUUCCAAUUUUAGAAAAGAAAAUAGAAGAACAGUCUGAAGGUGCUCAUGAAAACUACCGGCUUUUCUUAAGCGCAGACCCUGCCCCGUCUCCUGCUAGCCAUAUAAUACCUCAGAGUAUUUUAGAAACCUCGAUUAAGAUCACAAACGAGCCUCCUACUGGAGUACAUGCAAACCUUCACAAAGCUCUGGAAAACUUUACACAAGAGACUCUAGAAAUGUGUUCUAAAGAAGCAGAAUUUAAGAGUAUUUUAUUCUCUUUAUGCUAUUUCCAUGCUGUGGUAGCAGAAAGAAGGAAGUUUGGUCCUCAAGGUUGGAAUAAAUCUUAUCCAUUCAAUACAGGAGAUCUAGUGAUCAGUAUGAACGUUCUCUAUAACUACCUGGAGGCUAAUAACAGAGUUCCAUGGGAGGAUCUCAGAUAUCUCUUUGGAGAGAUCAUGUAUGGAGGACAUAUCACUGAUGAUUGGGAUAGGAGGCUAUGUAAGGUGUACCUGGAGGAGUAUAUGCAUCCUGAUCAGCUAGACGGAGAACUCAUGCUUGCUCCAGGGUUUGCAACCCCUCCAAACAGUGACUAUGCUGGGUAUCAUAACUACAUAAACCAACAUCUUCCAUUAGAAUCCCCUCAUCUUUACGGUCUCCAUCCUAAUGCUGAGAUAGGUUUCCUCACUGCUACAUCAGAGAAACUGUUUAGAACUGUGUUUGAGUUGCAACCCAGAGAGUCAGGAAGUGGAACUGGACAAGUUACAACAAGAGAAGAGAAGGUGAAAACUAUAGUUGACGAUAUUAUGGAGAAAAUGCCAGAACAAUUCAAUAUGCCUGAGAUCAUGGCAAAGGUUGAAGAGAGAACCCCGUAUGUUAUAGUUUGUUUCCAGGAGUGUGAAAGAAUGAAUACUCUGACUGCUGAAAUGAAAAGAUCCCUAAAAGAGCUCGAUCUAGGGUUGAAGGGAGAGCUGACUAUUACUUCAGAUAUGGAGGAUCUUUCAAACUCAUUGUUUUUUGAUCAGGUUCCUCCGUCCUGGACCAACCUUGCAUAUGCUUCCCUCAACGGUUUAUCUGGUUGGUAUGCUGAUCUCCUUCUCAGGAUUAAAGAAUUAGAAUCCUGGACCUCGGACUUUAAUCUUCCAACAUCUAUCUGGUUAUCAGGGUUCUUCAAUCCACAAUCCUUCCUCACGGCCAUCAUGCAGAGCACAGCCAGGAAGAAUGAACUACCCCUGGAUAAGAUGUGUCUAGUGUGCGAGGUGACUAAGAAACAGAAGGAGGAGAUUACAGCAGCACCUAGAGAAGGAGCAUAUAUUCAUGGACUAUUCAUGGAGGGAGCAAGAUGGGACAUUAAUACAGGAUCUAUAGCAGACUCUAAACUUAAGGAACUUCAUCCAAACAUGCCUGUUAUGUUUAUUAAGGCAGUUACUCAGGAUAAGCAAGAGGUCCGAACUCUGUACGAAUGUCCUGUUUACAAAACAAGACAAAGAGGUCCAACCUAUAUAUGGACAUUUAACCUGAAGAGUAAAGAUAAACCUAGUAAGUGGGUUCUGGCAGGGGUGGCUCUACUGCUUCAAAUAUAAUAUUUAAUCAAUAAAUACUCAAUAUUUA